ACUACCGAAGAGGAAAGGAGACAAAGCAAAAGUGCAGAGAAAUGGACUGGAAUAGCACCUUUCGACCCUUUCUUUCUCGAUCCGAACCUUCUAUAAACUUCCUCUAUAACUACAAUUACGAUCAGUAUCCAAAGAUGAAGCAUCAAGGAUUUGUUGUAGAGGUGGGGAAUGGACUGGUUCCAGGUUUGAAGAACAGCUUUAGCAUUGGCUGCAAUCAAGAUAAGAAGAAGCGUUUAACGAGUGAUCAGUUGGCUUCGUUGGAGAGGAGUUUCCAAGAAGAGAUUAAGUUGGAUCCAGACAGGAAAAUAAAGCUUUCCAGGGAACUUGGACUUCAACCCAGGCAAAUUGCUGUCUGGUUCCAAAACAGGCGUGCUAGAUGGAAAUCUAAGCAGCUCGAGCGACUAUAUGAUACGCUUAAACAAGAGUACGAUGCUGUCUACAGUGAGAAACAGAAGCUUGAAGAUGAGGUGAUGAAACUGAAAGGUAUGCUGAGGGAACAAGCGACGAGAAACCAAGUGUCCACUGUGUACACGGUAAUCUCCGGCGAAGAAACGGUGGAAAGCACCUCAAUCCGGAGCUCAAACAAGCCGAGGAUGGCCGGAAACCAACAGUAUCCCAUCGCCGAAUGCAGCUACGUUUUCAAUAUGAAGGAGUAUAACUCAGUUUCAUCUCCCUACUGGGGUGUUCAACUUCCUUCUUAUCCCUAAUAAACUUCGUAAUCUUCGAGUUUGCUUAGAUAUUCAGCUUAGGUCUUUUAGUUUGUAGUCAGAUUCAGAAAGAUGUAGUGAUGUUCUGGUUCAAAAAAAAAAGCAAGUAUACUCAA